GGGGUCCUUCAGAGGUCCUUUGAAUGCAUGUGGCGCGAUAUGGGAAACAGUGGAAAAUAGUUUGACAGCAGGAGAGCCGAAGAGGUUAUUACCGCCCUUUGUUCUCCAUUUACCCAAACAACAUGCUGUCUGUAGAGCAAAGUUGUUGGUUUGUCCGUAAGGUGAUUUUCUGGAGAGCUGUGGCCAGUAUUGCUUGGGCUGUCCUGUUGUUGCCAUCCAUCACUUCAGUUUUUGUAAUCCUCAGCAGGUUCAGUCUCCUCCACCCCAUCCAGACGAUAUCAGAAUGUCUGUCCUUCUUAACGAGUGCCAGUGCAAUCUUCUCCUUCAUCCUGCUGUGUGGAGUGGUCAUCAUGGUGGGGUUCCUGAACCUGGAGUAUUAUACAGUCAUCCCCACUAUUGCAUGCUCCAAAAUUGCCCUGUUGGGUCAGCUGCUGCACCCUCGUCAAUUUGUAAAUUCCCUGGCCCACUGCAUCAUGGGAAUCAUCGUGGCUUGGUGUUGUGCCAUCACCAUCGGGGGAAGAUAUGAGGCAGUCGGCUACUCUUGCACACAGGGCGACGGCACUGACAGUUCCCCACAGAUGUGUCUGAAUGAGUAUCACCUCAUCUUUCUGCUGGCAGGAGCCUUUGUUGGACUCUCUCACAGUCUACUGGGUGUGAUUCACAAUAUGAAUUAUGUGUCUUUUAACACUGUUCAGCAAUACAAAUACCUUCGCUUUAAGGGCUCCCUACCUUUGGUGGUGAAGUGCAGCGCCACUCAAGCACUUUACUCUGUCAGGAACUACAUCGUUGUGUAUUUCUUUUUGGGAUACAUCCCAAAAGCAUGGAUUUGUAAAACACUGAAUCUCCAUUUAAACAGCUCCGUCCACCCUCUUGACAGCAUAGCAGGACUGCUGGACCUCUCCCUGCUCUACCACACAUGGAUCAGUGCCACCUUCCUCCUCUUCACAUGGCACAUCACACUGCUGCUCUUUAGGAUCUUUGUCACAGAGGUGUUCAGUUUCCCUGUGCAGUCAUCUUUUACUGAGGAUGCUCACCAGUGUCUUCCUAAAGUUCUUACAGACAAGCAGCCAAUGAUUGUGAAGUUUCUAGCUCUGCAGGACUUGGCUCUGCUGUCUCAACACUCCCCAUCAAGACGCUGUGAGGUCUUCAGUCUGAGUCAGCCAGGGGGCCAUGCUCAUAACUGGAACGCCAUCAGUAAGGAGUGUCUGUCUCUGCUGGCUGAUCUGACCCAGAGACUCGUCUCCUAUCAUGAUACUGUUGCAACCAAUGGCAGGGCCAAAUCCCUGUCUACUGGCAGUGAAAGGAAGACUUCAUCUGAGACAUCUAUAAUCUCGGCUCCGGACAAUCUGAUGAGCCCAAGGCCCACUUUACUCAUGAAAACUCCAGCUUCGGUCUUCGCACGCUCCAUCGUUGGUGGCCCACAGAGCCCUCUCACAGCACCAUUCACUCCUGACCUGGACAGUCCUUUUGCAUCUCCGGCCCUGCGGCGUCUCACUGCGCCUGUGGACCCGUGCUCGCCGUGGUUCGGCACCGUGCAAAGCCCACACAUCAUGAGGAGAGCCCCGAAACUCUGGUCCACCUCCACAGAUUCACAGGUCAAUGGCAGUCCCCAGGCUUCACCUGCCUCAGUUCCCAGUCCUAAGCAGGAACCAUCCAAACCAAGCCUCAUGGCUCAGUUCCUCCAGAACAGAAAAGAACAGGUUAAAACUUUCUUGGCAAAGCGCGUGCUGAUAAUGUAUUUGUUUAACAAGCUUCCAGAAGCUUCCAGUCAAGCUCUGUUUGCAGACAGCCAGGCUCACAUCUGGGCUUUAGAAGGGCUGUCUUACCUUGUUCAAGCCUCCUUCUCAGAAGAUCAGUUUGGGGUUGUGCAGACUACAUUACCCAGCAUUCUCAGCUGCAUGCUGGUCUUACAAGAGGCAGUAGAUCGACACUUUAAGCUGCCUCAUGCCUCCAGUAAGCCUGUGAGGUCAGCUGGCAGCAUGGGAGACUCUACUCACAAAACACUGCGCUUUGCUCUCCGGGCCACUCUCAAGACUGCCAUCUACAGGAUAACAACUACUUUUGGGAAUCACUUAAAUGCUGUUCAGAUGUCUGCAGAGCACCGGAAAAGAUUGCAGCAGUUUCUGGAGUACAAGGAAUAACACACUUGACACUUGUGCCUUCAGAUUCUUAUCAGUGUGAUGUGUGUGUGUGCGUGCGUGUGUGUGGCAACAAGUGAAAGCCCAUGAUAGUGCCUCUUUUAAUAUUUAUGUCUGCACUGUGUCAUGGCGGAUUGUAUUUGAUCGGCUAGAUCACAUCUCGUACAUGCAUGAGGUGUGGGCUUCCUGCCCAACUGACAGACUGAAGCAGGCUGGAAGCCCAACUGUCACCUCCUGUGUCUUUGAGAUUUAAACUAGCUCACUGUAUAGACAAGCAGCUCAUUCCAAAAGAUUUGUUUCAUUUGUAUUACAAGAAAAAUCAUAAAGUGAUCAUCUUGACUUUUGUUUAUUGGGAUGAGUUGUAAAGGGCUAUGUGUAAAUUAUGUAAAUGUUCUUUUGGUUUCACUUCAUCAGCUGUCUUUUGGAAUGACUGUAUCCUUUUGAUUUCAGAACAGUUUGCAUUAGGUGUGAUGAGUGAGAGAGAUAGUUUAUGUGAGAGUGAUGAGAAAGAAGUUUGUUCUCACAGGUGUCUGAAAUGUGUUCUGGAAAUAUAUUUUCUAAGAUCUGGUUUUGUUCUAAACACCAGCCUGAAGAACUAGUUAACUGUGCACAUCAGUUCAGGUUCUCCAACUGCAAAAUGCAAUAUAUUCAGAUUUACAGAUCAGACAACCUCUGUUUGUACAUGUUAACUGUUUGUUUUGUUCAUGUGAAAUAUGGAUCUUUCAUGUCGGAUCACAGUGUGACUGCUAACAAGUGUUUCCCACUCAGAGACCUGUUGAAUAAAAACAUUAUGUAAAUAUCA